ACUGGUAUUCUAUUGAAAAUUCCAAAUCUAUCAAAUUGUUUAACAACUAAUCAUUUCUUGAAUUUAUAUGCCAAAUCACUUGGUCAAAUACUUUGUUCACGUAUCCGAUUCCCUGAAAUUAAUGUUAUAGUAGAUUAUUUAAUUACAUUUUUAUUAAAAUUAUUUCAUGAAGAUGUGUCAUUGUUCAAUGCAUGUUUAUCAACCUUGCCACCAAUG